AUGGGCAGUCCGUAUGGUGUUCAAUCAGAGAUGAAAGAAUUAGUCUGUGAGCUCCACCAGCUAGCUAGCCUAGGAGUUCACUUAGUGGACUCGGGCAAUACAAGAGUUAGUGUUCAUAAUCCAGUUGUUUCCUUCUUAGACAUGGAAGUGAAAGAGCGCCAAUAUAAAGAUCCCAAGUUGAGUCACUACAGAGAUGCAGUUCCUCAGAAGGAAAGGUCACCAUUUGAGAUUUCUGCAAAUGGGAUUCUCAGGCAUCGAAGCAGGCUAGAUGUUUCAAAUGUUAAAGGAUUACGUCGCCAGAUUCUGGAAGAAGUCCAUUACUCUCGCUAUUUCAUUGAUCCAGGAGCGACAAAGAUGUAUCAUGAUCUCAAUUCAAUGUAUUGGUCGGACGAAAUGAAGAAAGAUAUAGCAGAGUUUGUGUUGGGAAUGGUAUAUGUUCAGGUUGAGUUUGAUGAGAAGUCUGAUAGGUGGUGCUCGGCCAAUGUAGAUGUGCAAGUUUUGUCAGAUACAGCUCAGCAAAUAUCUUUAAAAUUAGUGCUUCUAGAUCAGAAUAAAUCUUUGGUUAUUACUUUAGUUUAUGCUAAAUGUAAUGAAUCAGAGAGGAUGCAAUUAUGGGAUGACCUUUAUCAGGUGGCAGACUCUAUUAAUCUUCCAUGGCUAGUUGGAGGGGAUUUUAAUGUGGUUUUACAUGAAGAUGAGAAGAUAGGUGCUAUUCCAAUCCAACAUCAAAACUAUGAAGAUUUUGCUUUUUGUGUAGAAGUUGAACAUCUCAGAAGGACAGGUUCAUACCAUGCUCCUUUGUUCAUUACUUUAAGAGAACAAAGUCAGGCAUAUAUUAGACCUUUCAGAUUUCUGAAGUUUAGGAUUGUGCAUCAAGGUUUCUUGAGCAUAGUUAGGGAUAAUUGGUCAAGUAAUUUGGAUGGCAAUCCUUUUAUGUUGUUUAAACAGAAACUAAAGCACAUAAAGAAGAUUCUGUCAGCAUGGAGCAAAGAAGUUUAUGGAGACAUUUUCAAGCAAUUGAUUAUUAGAGAAGAAAUUGUGAGGAUCAAAGAAGAACUAUUUGAAGAGGAUCCUUCUCCGUUGAACAGAAUGGUGCUUCAACAAGCACAAGCUGAACUAAAGAACUAUUUACAUUUUGAAGAAGAAUUCUGGAGACAGAAGGCUAAUGUUACUUGGUUUUCUGAAGGGGAUAGAAAUACUAGAUUUUCCCAUAAUCUAUUUUCUCAGGAGCAAAAAGCUAUGGAUUUUAGCUUACUUAACCAUGUUCCUUCAAUGGUGUCUGAGGAAGAUAAUGAAUUAUUAGUUGUUAUUCCUAAUGUUGAUGAAGUCAAACAAGCAGCUUGUUGGCAUAUUGUUGGUCCAGAUGUGCUUAAUGUGGUUAUAUCCUUUUAUGAAGGUCAAACUCUUCCUAAAUUAAUUAGUCAUAAAAAUUUGGUUCUGUUGCCAAAGAAGCAAGAUGUUCAGACUUAUGCAGACAUGAGGCCAAUCAGCUUGAGUAACUUCAUUAAUAAAGUUAUAUCAAAAAUUGUUCAUGGUAGAUUGGAGGGCUUUUUUCCAAGGCUUGUUUCACUAAAUCAAUCUGGUUUUGUGAAGGGGAGAAGAAUUAUUGAAAAUGUUCUUUUGACUCAGGAAAUAGUCACAGACAUAAGGAAGAGAGGAAAACCAACAAAUGUAAUCAUCAAUUUGGAUAUGGCAAAGGCCUAUGAUAGGGUGUCCUGGUUGUUUUUUAUCAGAAUUCUUAACAAAAUGGGCUUUUCAGAAGGUUUUGUGGAUAUGAUUUGGAGACUAAUAGCUAACAAUUGGUAUUCUGUGAUGAUCAAUGGUCAGCCACAUGGAUUUUUUCAUUCAACAAGAGGGGUCAAACAAGGUGACCUUCUAUCUCCAUUACUAUUUAUACUGUCUGCAGAAGUUCUGUCUAGGGCCUUGAACAACUUGUUUGAUGAUCCAAUGGAUAGAGGUUUUGGCAUGCCUAAAUGGAAUGCAAAUCUAAAUCAUCUGUCAUAUGUAGAUGACGCCAUUAUCUUUACCUCAGCAAAUAGAUAUUCAUUGGCAUUAGUAAUGGAAGUGUUACUAAAUUAUGAGACUGUCUCUGGACAAAGGAUGAACAGAGAUAAGAGCUGUUUUUACAUAAAGAAGAAGGCAUAUUACAAUGAGUUGAUAAAGAAGGUGAAAGACAAGCUCAAGAAUUGGAAAGGCAAGUUGAUGUCUUUUGGAGGUAAAGUUGUGCUCAAUAGUUCUCUUCAAAGUAUGCCAAUGUACUUGUUGUCUACCAUGGUCCCUACAAAGUAUACAAUUCAAGAGCUACAUAGGAUAUUUGCAAGGUUUUAUUGGAGUAACAAUGAAGAUAAAAGGAAUAGACAUUGGUCCUCUUGGUUAAAUAUGUGUUAUCCAAGACAUGAAGGUGGGAUGGGAUUCAGAUCAUUAUUUGAUGUUUCAAAAGCACUCUUUGCUAAGCUAUGGUGGAGGUUCAGGACUAGCUGCACUUUAUGGUCCACCUUUAUGUGGAACAAAUAUUGCAAGAGGCAAAUUCCAACUCUAGUAGGUUGGAAGGGAGGAUCUCAGCUGUGGAAGAAAAAGCCAGGGAUGAUAUUGAACAUGCCAUUUGGUGGGAGCCUAGAAAUGGAUCAUCUAGCUUCUGGUUUGAUAAUUGGACUAGAUUAG